GGGUCUGGAAAGCGUUCUUCCAGAAAUUGGGGACCACCGUUAGCCUAACGUCAGGCUAUCACCCCGAGUCAAAUGGACAGGCAGAGCGGACUGUCCAAGAGCUCGGGAGAUAUCUUCGAGCAUAUUGUAGUGGCAGACAGCAUGAUUGGGCUCACUGGCUGCUCUGGGCAGAAUAUGCCCAAAAUUCGUUAGUCCACUCCACGACCGGCCUAACGCCGUUCCAAUGCAUACUCGGAUAUCAACCUCCGCUCUGUCCUUGGGACACCACGCCCACCGAAGUACCUAUGGUGGAUGAGUGGUUUCGGAAAGCGGAAAGAGUGUGGGAAGACGCACACACCCAAAUCUCCCGAGCAGUCUCUCGUUUCAAAAAGUUUGCCGAUAGACGACGGAGAGAAAGUCCUCCGCUCCAGCCAGUGGUCCGGGGACCCCUCGACGAGGGCACAGCAGAGCCUUCGCUCCCUGGGGCUGUGGAGAUAGAGGGCGCACCGGCAUUUAAGGUAACCAAAUUACUAGAUUCCCGGAGGAGAGAAGGUUUACUCCAAUAUUUGGUAGAAUGGGAGGGGUACGGUCCGGAGGAGAGGAGUUGGGUCCCGGCGAAGGACAUCUUGAGUCCAGAACUCAUCACUACGUUCCACCGGGAACGACCGGAUCGCCCGGCUCCCCGACCUCCGGGCCGCCCCGCUCGGCAAACGAUCCAACCUCACCCAGGAAGACGCCGGGGGCGUCCUCGCCUCCCUCGGGAGGCCGGCCCUGAGGGGGGGGGUACUGUCACAUCUGCACCUCCACAGUCCGAGGGGUUAAGAUCUGGGUCUCCGGACUACUGAGACGCAGCUCUGUCCCCCCCUAGUGUGUCUAAGUUGGUAUGUCUUCCCUUCACUAAUCAUGUUCACCUGUGUCUCUCCCCUGUGUGUCUACUUAAGCCAGCCGAACCCGGAGUAUCACGUCCGUGCACUGUUACCGUCGUGU